AUGGAUUCGUUUAACGCCAGCGGAAUGGAUGCGUUCACGGUGGUCCAGCUCAAUGCCUCCUGGACGCUGGACAGUGGAUACUCUCUAGCAGCGAUUGCUGGCAUUGCUGCCCUUGUAAGUUUUCUCAUCCUGUUUACCGUUGUGGGAAACAUACUGGUAGUUAUAGCGGUGCUGACAAGCAGGGCGCUAAAAGCCCCCCAGAACCUCUUUCUGGUGUCUUUGGCCACCGCGGACAUCCUGGUCGCCACUUUGGUGAUGCCGUUUUCUCUAGCAAAUGAACUUAUGGGCUACUGGUAUUUCGGAAAAGUUUGGUGUGGCAUUUACCUGGCUUUGGACGUCUUGUUUUGCACUUCAUCCAUUGUGCAUCUGUGCGCAAUAAGCCUGGACCGGUACUGGUCCGUCACGCAAGCCGUAGAGUACAACCUCAAGCGGACCCCUAAACGUGUCAAGUGUAUAAUCUUAAUUGUAUGGCUUAUAUCUGCCUUUAUAUCCUCUCCGCCGCUGAUAUCGAUCGACAGCAAUAAUGACAUUAGCUCUCAGCCUCAGUGUGAGCUGAACGAUGACACUUGGUACAUCCUCUCCUCCAGCAUUGCAUCCUUCUUUGCUCCAUGCUUAAUCAUGAUCCUGGUGUAUAUCAGAAUAUACCAGGUGGCCAAAACCAGAACCAGAAGCAUGUCGGGAAAGAAUCCCAGGCCAGAUGGUGCUACCCAAACAGAGAAUGGACUGAGCAAAGCCACCUCCCCUUUUCAUGGAGAGAGAGAGAAUGGCCACUGUCAGUGCCCACCUACGCCCAGCCAACGCACCGUCACCAUCGGGCACAAGACAGAGGAGGCUGACAUGGAGGACAGCUCCUCCUCAGAGGGCAAAGGUCACAAAGGCCAGAACCUGAACUCCAAGAGGACCAAGAGGGCCAGCAGGAAGAACAGCUCCCUCUCCAAAAACUCCAGCCGCAUGUCCAGAGCCAGCAACAAAUCCAUGGACCUGUUCACCUCCAGGAGGAAACGUCGCAGGAGCUCGGUUUCCAGGAAAAAGGUGUCCCAGGCCAGGGAGAAGAGGUUCACCUUUGUCCUGGCCGUGGUCAUGGGGGUGUUUGUCGUGUGCUGGUUCCCCUUUUUCUUCAGUUACAGCUUGUACGGUGUGUGCAGGGACUCCUGUAAGAUACCCGAGCCGCUCUUUAAGUUCUUCUUCUGGAUUGGCUACUGCAACAGCUCCCUCAACCCUGCCAUCUACACCAUCUUCAACCAGGAUUUCCGCCGCGCCUUCCAGAAGAUCCUGUGCAAGUCAUGGAAAAAGUCCUUUUAGAUCUGAGGGGGGAUUACUGUGCCGCCGUUGAUCACGACAAUCUCUCAGCCAUAUGACAUUAACAAGGAAAUAUCAAAGUGAGAAACACAAACCGAUCGUGUCCCAUUACUGACACCCUUUCCUACUGUUCAGUCUCAUUGUCCUGUUGUAAUUCAGUCACACCAGUGCACACCUUGAACCUCCUUACUGGGUGUCUCACAUGUAUUUGCAUCCAAGUUUCUGGCUUCUUACAGGCUUUCCCAUUCACGUUAUUG